CAGCUUUGUUGUUGAUGCGUUCCGUAAAUACACUUCUAAAACGUACCCAAAUAUAUGUUUGUUAAGUUUUGGCCCUAUAAAAUAACCUGCAAAGACAAAAAUGAAAACAUAUUUCGGUGGCUGUAUUGAGGAUUACGAAGUGUAUGAAUUACUUGGUAAGGGUGGAUUUGCUCAUGUUUAUCGCGGAAAAUGUCUUCGCACGGGGAUUUUCGUUGCGAUCAAAAUGAUAAGCAAACAAGCGAUGCACGCAUCAGGCAUGUCUAAACGAGUGCAACAAGAGAUUUCCAUUCAUUCAAAACUAAAACAUUCAUCUAUACUGGAGCUCUACACAUUUUUCGAGGACCUCAGUUAUGUGUACAUGGUUUUGGAGCUGGCAAAGAAUGGCGAACUGCAACAUUGUUUACGUUUACGUUCUUUUAACGAAUCUGAAGCCGCAUUUGUGUUAUGCCAAGUAGUAGAAGGGUUAAUUUAUUUACAUUCGCGACGAAUUUUACAUCGUGAUAUAUCUUUGUCAAAUUUGUUGUUAUCGGAAAACAUGAAUGUGAAAAUUGCCGACUUUGGACUCGCUACCGAGUUGAAUAUGCCAGAUGAAAAACAUCUUACGCUGUGCGGUACUCCUAACUACAUUUCGCCAGAAGUAGCGUCUCGUUCAUCGCAUGGUUUACCAGCUGAUGUGUGGGGAUUAGGAUGCAUGCUUUACACACUUUUAAUAGGAAGACCACCGUUCGAUACCAAUGGUAUAAAGUCCACGCUGACGCGAGUAGUGAUGUCUGACUUCAUCCUUCCACAUCAUAUUUCGCCGGACGCUUCUGACCUCAUAGAAAAACUGCUCAAGAAAAACCCCGAUGAAAGAAUGCAACUUCAAAAUGUUCUUACUCAUCCAUUUAUGAGAAGGUGCGUGCCGCACAUGAAUGGCGUAUCAUCAAACAAUCGUAUAGUUACAUCGAAAGUUGACAGCGGUGUGGGUACGAUUUCAAGCAGCGACUUCAAAUCCGAUCUACAGUUAUUCCAUACCGAAUCAAGGAAGGAAAACGAUGCAUGCUCUCAACAUAAAGAAGACAGGUUGGAAGAUGGUGUUUUUAGAACGAACUUGCAGCGAGGGGAACCACAACUGUCUCUGUUGCAAAAAUUUAACAGUUUAGAACUAAAGGAAAAGUACAACAUAAACAAAUCGGACAUAAUGGGUUACAGCCAGAGUGACAAUUUUAGAUUACAGCUUCCUGCGUUUCAAAGUACUCAAGCAUUUCAAACAGAACGGAGUUUAGGCAAGAUAUCGAAGGAAUUUUUUUCGGAAAUGAAACAUCAUAACCAGUUUGUUCACCAAAGCAGAGAGCAUUCUCCAGAAUUUUCUAGGCCCACUCCCAAAUACCAUGAGAAGAACAUCUUAACGCCAAUAAACGACUGCAAGGUGCCUGAGACACGGAAAGAAUGCAUUCAGUUGCCACCACCUUUUAAUACGGCACGACUUGUUCCGGACCGACACAGGACAAAGCACGUAAUUCUCAGCAUUGCUGCUGACAGUGGCGAAGUAGUGCUCGAGUUUCUCAAACCCAAGGGGCGCAUGCGUGAGGAAUAUGUGGUGGAAGUUUGCCGUAUAUCGGCCGAUGGCUUGCGAUUUGUUUCUUACCAACCAGGCGGUAGCCGUGGCGUUCCUGCCAAAGAUAAGCCUCCAGAUCUACCAACUCAUGGGGCAGAUUCGAUCCAUAGCUACGAAAACAUUCCAGAAAAGUAUUGGAAGAAAUAUAUCUAUGCGGCACGAUUCGUAAAUAUGGUAAAGGCGAAGACACCUAAAAUCACACUGUACAGUGCCAGGGCUAAGUGUCAGUUGAUGGAAACUUUACAAGAUUACGAAGUCGUUUUUUAUGAUGGAUGCAAAAUCGUUUUGACAGACGAUGUUAUGAAAAUGCUCGACACAAAAGGAACCGUCUAUCGAGGAAUUACGAACUUUCCUGCAGAAAGCGUAUCAAAGCAAGAGCAUUUUCGUGAAACCUUGGAACACUGCCUUAACAUAGAACGAACGUUGUCAAUGGUAUCCACAAAUGGUAAAACAUUUCCAGUUAUUAUCGGAAGACGUCCGGUAGCUAGUAGCGAAGCGAAUGAUCGCACAACAGCAAACGGAAAAUUUAGUUUACAAUCUACACCUCGAACCCCACUCAGUAACACAGCUCUCGGUUCUUUUGCAUUUUCCGUUCAAUCCUUCACUCCUAGAAGUAUGCAUAGCGCAUGUCAAAAGUAAUAAAUUUUCUUUAGAUGCUAGCCAUUGGAAAAGCUAAACAGAAGGCGAGUUGUUGUGGGAUAACGCAAGCUAAGUGACGAUCUUUUCGAAAGGGAGUAUUGAUGCGGGCAUAACAUUUGCAAUAUCAUCAAGACUUGGAUUCUUUACCAUCGAAAACUAUCUGUUACAGCAUGGAUGUAUUGUUAACUAUAUCGUUCUAUUGGUUUGGAAAAAAAAUCUCUAUGUACCAUUAUAAUGAACAAAUCAAUGUAAUUUGCUAACCUGCAGCAUCGAUCAUCUGUACUUUAGCAAUAGUCUACAA